GGGCCUUUCUCUACGUUUUUGGGCAUUUUGGUCCUUGUACAUUAGUACUACCAUGUCUGGACGCGGCAAGCAGGGCGGCAAGGCUCGCGCCAAGGCCAAGACUCGCUCCUCCCGCGCCGGCCUGCAGUUCCCCGUGGGCCGCGUGCACCGGCUGCUCCGCAAGGGCAACUACUCGGAGCGCGUGGGCGCCGGCGCCCCGGUGUAUCUGGCGGCCGUGCUGGAGUACCUGACGGCCGAGAUCCUGGAGCUGGCGGGCAACGCGGCCCGCGACAACAAGAAGACGCGCAUCAUCCCGCGCCACCUGCAGCUGGCCAUCCGCAACGACGAGGAGCUCAACAAGCUGCUGGGCCGCGUCACCAUCGCGCAGGGGGGCGUCCUGCCCAACAUCCAGGCCGUCCUGCUGCCCAAGAAGACCGAGAGCCACCACAAGGCCAAGGGAAAGUCUAGGAAUUCCUGAAUUAAGCAGGUGACCCACCCAGCUGCCUGAGCAGUCAAGACAAGGACCUCCAGGAGAAGCUAGACAACUUUCACCGGAACUCAGCCCGGAGUCUGGGG